GCUCCCGCGCAACGUCAGGACGCGCGUCGUGGUCGGGCCCCGUCGGGGCGGUCUCCGGGGCGCAGCUCUAUAUCUGGGCGCGGGCCGGGCUGCGGGUGCGGGCGCGGUGGCUUGUGUGGCCGGCGGCGUGGGGGUGGCCGGGCCCGGGGGGCUGCGCCUGGGGCUGCCCAUGAUGGGCUCGGUGCUGCCGGCCGAGGCGCUGGUGCUGAAGGGCGGCCUGAAGGCGCCUCCGGCGGGCCUGGCGCUGGCCGAGGUCAUCACGUCGGACAUCCUGCACAGCUUCCUCUACGGCCGCUGGAGGAACGUGCUGGGCGAGCAGCUCUUCGAGGACAAGGCCGGCGGCGGCGGAGGCGCGGGAGGCGGCGGCGGCGGCGGCAACCCCAAGACGGCCUUCACCGCCGAGGUGCUGGCCCAGUCCUUCUCCGGAGAAGUCCAGAAAUUAUCCAGCUUGGUUCUUCCGUCGGAAGUGAUCAUCGCCCAGAGUUCCAUUCCCGGGGAAGGGCUGGGCAUCUUCUCGAAAACCUGGAUCAAAGCUGGCACAGAGAUGGGACCCUUCACCGGCCGGAUCAUCUCCCCGGAACACGUGGACCUUUGCAAGAACAACAAUCUCAUGUGGGAGGUCUUCAGUGAGGACGGAGCAGUCCGCUACUUCAUUGACGCCAGCCAAGAGGACCAUCGCAGCUGGAUGACGUACAUCAAGUGCGCCCGCAAUGAGCAGGAGCAAAACCUGGAGGUGGUGCAGAUCGGCAACAGCAUCUUUUACAAGGCCAUUGAGAUGAUUCCUCCAGACCAAGAGCUCCUGGUCUGGUACGGAAAUUCCCACAAUACGUUUCUGGGCAUUCCUGGGGUUUUGGGCCUAGAAGAGGAGCAGAAGAAGACCAAGCAAGAAGAUUUCCACGUGGUAGAAGCAGGGGCCAGCAGCUCCGGCCGCAUGCGCUGUGUCAUCUGCCACCGCGGCUUCAACUCGCGCAGCAAUCUCCGGUCCCACAUGCGUAUCCACACUCUGGACAAACCCUUCGUCUGCCGCUUCUGCAACCGCCGCUUCAGCCAGUCCUCCACCCUGCGCAACCACGUGCGCCUCCACACCGGCGAGCGCCCGUACAAGUGCCAGGUUUGCCAAAGUGCCUAUUCCCAGCUGGCCGGGCUGCGCGCCCAUCAGAAAAGUGCCAGGCACCGGCCCCCCAAUGGCUCCCUGCCGCCACACUCGCCUGCCUUGCCGGUGCCGCACCCUGCCUCCCUGGCUCACCACAUCCCAACCAUGGUGCUGUGAGGACCACAUUGUUUUGGCGAGGCUGCUGCACUGCGAACUGGUUGGCACUGACCCGUUGGUGUGGGGGAAGGGGGACGGGGAUUCGUUGUGGAUUGUUCAAGUAGUGGCCGCGAGCCAGGACAGCUCCAUGUUCAGAAGCAGCGUACCUCUGAGAAAGAUGGGGGCAAGGCGUCGACUUCUCUGCCUGCCUGGGAGUGGCUGUUUGGAAGCAGAAUUCUGGGCCUGAUCCAGAAGGGAGUUCUUCCAGGGUGGCAGGCAGGGCAACGUGAAGAGGGUGGAGAUCAGGAGAGGCUCGGCCGUCCCAGACCGGGGGGUGGGGUGGGGGUGGGGGGAAUCUGGGUGGAUUUCAUUUCACUAGGGGAUACACAGAAAGAAAUCCAAAAACUCUCCCAAAGUCUCCCUCUCAGGACCCGCCGGUACCGCUGCCUCCUUGCAUUUUAUGGUAGGAUGAUCAGAGUCAUGGGGAGAGUUCGGGGGAAGGAUCCAGCUGCACAGAGAACUGGGUAAAGCGAUAUUGGAGAGCAACAGGGGGAGGAAUAAUUUAAAAAUCCACACAAUUAUUUUGGGGGUUGUUUAGUGAGCUGCAAGGAACGCAAUUGAGCAGCCGGGUUCAUUGAUUAAAAACCUGUCGCUCGACUAAAGAGGUUUGUAUACCUUAUUGGGCAGCAGCUUUGGGAAUUUGACUAAUUCUUUCGAACGUAAAACUGCAGCAGAAGCAGCAGCAGCUGCCAUCUGAGAAGGGGACUGUGCUCAUUUGUUUCCUUCAACACAGGUUAAGAGGGAAUGCCUCUUCUAACAUGAUCCAGACGUGGUUUCCCCCCCAGCUUUCUGACACACGGGAGGGGAUGCCUCUUCUGACAUGGGGUUUGCCACAACACAUGAGUGCAUUGUCCAGUGAAGAGACACUGCUUUUCUUUUUCCUUCCUGUGCAUGUAGCAUUUUCCCUAGCUUGGCUGCAAAAUCAGAAAUUAGCCUUGCUAGGAGAAAAAUCAGUUUCUGGUAGAGGAUGCAGACGGAGAGGGAUCAGCAAGGGAAAAUUGUCCUGCCGUUGCAUUCCCCUUUUUCUUGGUAAAUGUGAACUUCCAAGACUGUCACCUGCAGAAAGACAUCUAGUUGUGUUCCCUUGACAUUCAUCGAUGGACCUUUCCCAUAUCUCAUUUUCCUCACUUGUAAGUCCCUGGUUCUUGUGGGGGGGGGGGGGGGGUCCGUUCCUCAUGAGUUUUGCUCCCUCGUGUGGUUGAUUCAGUAUUACACUAGUUUACGUCUAGCAUAUUUUCCUGCAAAUUUAUACUUUUGUUUUUUAGUGUGAUAAAGAAUUGACUAUUACAGGGAGCAAAACACAUGCAGAACAGGGAACUGUCUCAGUUCCCAGUUUGCAAUAUGGGAAAAGGAACACCAACCUACAUUACAGGACUGUUAUAAAGCUCACUGGAAGCUUAGGUGGGUAAAGUACUUUAAUCAGGCACAGGCAGAAUAUCUCGGCUAAGUAUUAUUAUUUUUAGAUGUGGGAAUAUCCAAACCUGUAAUUCUCAUUUACAUCCAGCCUGAAACCAUACAGUCCAGGAAAAACUUUAUCAUGUGAUUCCGACAAAUGUCUAGGGAAGGCUGAAAAUUUGGUGCCUCCCACACCCAAGAGUCUGCGGAUGGUCUAUGGUUAAUGCAGAACAUUAACAGCCUCCAAGCAGAGCCAGAAUUGCAACUGAUGCACAGAAUACAGAGAGGAAUUUUUUUGGAGAAAAAAGGGCUGCUUUGGAGAGUGAGCUCUAUGGCAUCAUAACUCUCAGAGGUUCUGCCCCCCACCCUCCAUACCCCACUCUUUCUAGGCUCCACCCCAGAAUUUUCCAACACAGAGUUAGCAAUCCUCUGUAGCUAUUUUACACCUUCUCUCAAACAGACACAGGUGAGGGCUACCUGUCCUAUCUUGAGGAUAGUCACUGUUCGCUGGCAUACCUCUGGAUUUCCAAAUCUUUCCACAUAGGGUUGUUAGAUCUGUGCCUGUCGGUUGGCACCGAAUUGUGGACACUUGCUGUAAUGCCAAGUCAAGAGGGAAAACAUUUCCUGGACUGGGAGACAAAUGUGGGAAUGUCAUUUGUUUGCACUAAUUGGCACAUAAGCUCUCUGUUGUUGUGUUGUGUUCCCCAAGGCCCUCAUAGCACUCAUCAGCAUUAAGCCAAUAAAAGUAUGUGGCACGAUUCAGACACGUUGCCAGGCAAUGGUUUGGUUGGUAGCCUGCUCUGGAUUACCCUCCACAGCAGCUCUCCCAACACAGUCAUGCUUUCCCACUCUGCCCCCUUCCCAUUCUGGUUCAUGUGCCUACAUCUAUACACUGAUUUUUUUCUCAUAGUUUAUGCUGGCAGACUAACGGUAGCCAGAGAGGCAUACGUUCACUCCACCCCUCUCCCCACAUCCCUCCGAUUUCAUUGUGAGAGUGAACAGGUUAAGCUCCUUUGGUUGGAGAUAGAUCCUCUGCAAUCCUUUGGCAGAUACUUACCCUGAUACUGGCUUGGCUCGGUCCUCAUUUGUAAACAAGAUGUCCAAGGAAUGUUAUGCCCUUUCACAUUCUCUUGUCUCUUUCCCCGCUUCUCAUGUGAAGCAAGCUAAUGAGUCACAAUCUCUAGUUUGUGCAGGCACUAGCAGGCAGGACUGGCAACCACCAUUUGUUUCCAGUUUGCAAUCUGGUUUUGCAGAGGAAAUUAUGGUUUGCUAACCUGCACGACUGUAACAGGAUUAGCUCAUGGUGGGAAAGGGAAGAAAAGUUGCAGAAGGUGGGGGUUUCACCAGCAAACUUGAUGAACCCUGAGGGCAAUUUCCCACUGAAAAUUAAAAGUAGGUUAAUCCAAGUUUCAAAAUGAACCGCAACUUUUCAUUGCGGAGUCAACAUCCUCACUGCACCAUUUUCCCAGGGAAGACUUGUAGGCCUGCAUCGGAUUCCAGAAAUGCAACAAUCCCCACUGCCGUGCUUGGUGGGUCUUGGCAGGUCUCUCCUGAUUGGCUGUCGUGCUGUGUUGGGGCAGGAACUUUUCUUCACGUCAUCACAUCAGCCGGUGAAAACGUGAGACCGUGAGCAAGGCACCCCCUCUGAGUUUGAACGUUAUACUGAGUGUCCCCUUGCUCUCGUUCUCUCAUCAGAGAGAUUAAACGUUAGACCAAAACAGAAGAAGCCAAGCGAAAUGAAACCAAACGUGACAAAAACAAAUACCUGCGCGCGCAUCGCGCACGGGCCACCAUGCUCUGAUUGGCUGGCAGCAUUUGCGACACUGUGAACGGCAGGAAAUUGAACUACAUAAGGCCCCCAAACCUCCCCACCAAUGCGGAUUGGUAAUGUGUUUUGCCAAAAAGUUGCACAAGCAACCAGGUACAGGAGAGACGCGGGAUAAGGGGGAGGUGGAGCAACAGAGCUGGGACUGAUCUGUGUUCCGUGGUUUGGCUGUGGGGAGAUUGCGAGGAAACCUGGAUAUUUCGGGAUUAAUUGCCAGUGGGAAAUCACCCUGAGCCUGAAAGAAGAGGGGCGGGGUAUUAAAACCAAUACAUCAAUAAAAUAAAUGAACCUUCCAUAUUUUUUAAAACUCUGCUGGUUCUUAGAGAGUGUAUACGUGAGCUGACCACCACGUCCCUGAAGUACUGGCCCACAUUCUCUUCUCAAGCCCUACGUCUGAUCAAGGAGAAGGAACUUUUGUGAAAUACCGCUUUCUUUUUUGAAGUAUCAAGAAUGCUUAUAGUAUUGAUCAUACCUAUUCCAGUUUGUAAGGAGAAGCUAUACAGAGUUAUCACAGAAAGCAUUCAGACUUCCAGGAAAAGAUGGUCACUUUAACCCUGUAAAUACUUCGUGUAAAACACUAUUUACAAAACUUUGAUAUUAUAUAUUAUUUGACUGUAUCAUGUACACAGCUGUAUAUAUCUUUGUACCUCUCUUGUACUCCAAAUAAAAAAGUUACUGGCAAUGGACAAUAAA